UGAACAGCGCACUUAAAGCCGCGGGAGGAUCCACUGUCUCUUCUCUUUGCUAGUACAGUGCUGUUGCUGGCGGCCUGGGAGAGUAAGUGCAUUUCAGUCUGUAUCUCCCGCUCAUUCAACAUCAACAUGUCCGAAAAACUGCCUUUCAAAGUCGCUGACAUCAGCAUGGCGGAGUGGGGCCGCAAGGCUGUGGAGAUGGCGGAGAACGAGAUGCCUGGUCUGAUGAGGAUGCGGGAGAUGUACGGGGAGUCGAAGCCCCUGAAGGGAGCGCGCAUUGCCGGCUGCCUCCACAUGACCCUCCAGACCGCCGUGCUGAUCGAGACCCUGACGGCCCUGGGGGCUGAGGUUCAGUGGUCCAGCUGCAACAUUUUCUCCACCCAGGAUCACGCGGCCGCAGCCAUUGCCAAGACUGGCGUUCCUGUGUACGCCUGGAAGGGAGAGACGGACGAGGAGUACAUCUGGUGCAUUGAACAGACCAUCUAUUUCCAGGAUGGGAAGCCACUCAACAUGAUCCUGGAUGAUGGAGGGGACCUUACCAACAUGGUGCACAAGAAGUACCCCAAGCUCCUCCCAGGAAUCAAGGGGAUUUCUGAAGAGACCACCACAGGAGUUCACAACCUGUACAAGAUGUUGAAAAAUGGAGAGCUCAAAAUCCCAGCCAUCAAUGUGAACGAUUCAGUGACAAAGAGUAAGUUUGAUAACCUGUACGGCUGCCGCGAGUCUCUGAUCGACGGAAUCAAGCGCGCCACGGACGUGAUGAUAGCGGGGAAGGUGGCAGUGGUGGCGGGGUACGGAGACGUGGGGAAGGGGUGUGUGCAGGCGCUGCGAGCCUUCGGGGCGCGAGUCAUCGUCACGGAGAUCGACCCCAUCAACGCACUGCAGGCAGCCAUGGAGGGUUAUGAGGUGACCACGAUGGAUGAAGCCUGCAAAGAAGGAAACAUCUUCGUCACGACCACCGGCUGUGAAGACAUCCUGCUGGGAAGGCACUUUGAACAAAUGAAGGAUGAUUCCAUCGUCUGCAACAUUGGACACUUUGACGUUGAAAUUGACGUGAAGUGGCUUAAUGAGAAUUCAGAGAAGAUUAACAUUAAACCCCAGGUGGACCGCUACAUGCUGAAGAACGGCCGCCACAUUAUCUUGUUGGCGGAGGGUCGGCUGGUGAACUUGGGGUGCGCGAUGGGUCACCCCAGCUUUGUGAUGAGCAACUCCUUCACCAACCAGGUCCUGGCUCAGAUUGAGCUGUGGACCAAUACCAGCAAAUACCCCCUGGGGGUCUACUUCCUGCCCAAGAAGCUGGAUGAGGCUGUGGCAGCUGCUCACCUGGAGAAGCUGGGAGUGAAGCUUACCAAACUGACUGACAAGCAGUCCAAGUACAUCGGCCUGCCCAAAGAGGGGCCCUUCAAGCCAGACCACUACAGAUACUGAGACCAACCUGCCAAAGCUCUCCCGCGCUUCCAAAGCUGCUGCAUUCAUUUCUGAAUUACUGGAACGAGUUCUGUCGGGCGUCUCCCAAACACCCCCAGAGCUGGGGCUGGAUCGCUUGGCUCUCUAGACCUUGCAUUUGUUAGUGGUCGUCUUUAAUUGAAGCAGGGUUAGAUUUUUACCAGUGUGUGAAAUGACAGAUCGUUAGCUUACUUUCUGUGGUAGCACUGUGUGAAUUGCCAGCAAGUCAAUCACGCUGAAAAUGAGCUUUCAUGAUUGCCAAACAGUUGGCUUUACCACUCAGCCUAAUGAGAAGGAAACUGCAAUUCUAUUGGAUCUGGAAAUAAAAGAAAUUCCAAACUGGAAUGCACUUAAUCUAAUGAGACGCAUCAAAAGUGAAAUUUGGCUUUAUUAAAAAAAAAAAAAAAAAAAAAAAAAAAUCCUGAAUCCAGAAAUGAGUGCUGGCUUGAACAGCCCCACGUUGCCAACAUUGAUGUCCUGGUUGAACUAAGAGCAGCGUUGGACUCUCUUAUUGGAACUACUGCCAUAAUGUCUUAACACUUGAAUAAUGCGUUUGCUUUAAGCAUAGAAUUCCAAAUAAAUAAACGGUUGGGUUAUGUAA